UCUGACCUGUUGCUUGGCCAAAUACAGCAGCUCUCUCAACCAGCAAAUCUCCUUUUACUCAGGACUGUCAGAAAUAUGGCUCCUUCUAUCAUACACAAAAGCACUUUCCUCCUUUUUCUUUGUUCGUUCUCGUCCGCACAGAUGCACAGUCCAGACAUGUGUUUCACCAAGGAUGACUUUGGAACGCACUGUCCAACAACAUGCGGAAUUGCGGAAUACCUAAGCAGAUACCAGCCGAGCGUGGACAGGGACCUGAGCGAGAUAGAGGUCUCCUUAGUCGACAUGCGGAAUUUGACUAAAGGAGCACAGGACAGGGUGGUCUACAUGCGGGACUCUACCACACAAGCCCAGAAGUCCAGCUCGCCAGAAGCGUACAUCAGAAAGUCGUCCAAAAUGCUGGAUGAUAUUCUGAGAUUUGAAAAGAGCAUCAUUGCGCAGGAGGCUCAAAUAUAUCAACUUCAAGAGAUGUUCGAGUCUAAUGAGAAAAGAAUGAUUCGGCUGAAAGAGAUGUCUCUUCAGCUACAGCGGAGAUGCAACUUGCCGUGCAAAGACACUGUUGAGAUUCAGACGAUUACGGGGAAAGAUUGUCAAGAAAUUGCCAACAAAGGUGCCAGAACUAGUGGCCUGUACAUGGUGAAGCCCCUGAAGGCCAAGGAGUCCUUCCUGGUUUACUGUGAGAUAGACAGCACCGGAAGUGGCUGGACUGUGCUCCAGAGGAGACGUGACGGCAGCGUUGACUUCUAUAAGAACUGGGUCCAGUAUAAAGAAGGUUUCGGCUACCUGUCCCCAGACGACACCAGCGAAUUCUGGCUGGGGAAUGAGAAGAUCCACCUGCUGUCGACACAGUCCCCCGUCACAUACAUUCUACGGAUUGAACUGAAGGACUGGGAGGGAAAUAAAACACAUGCAGACUAUGCCAUGUUCAAGUUGGCUCCAGAGGCUGACCAGUAUCGGCUGACUUACGCACACUACUACGGCGGGGAUGCUGGGGAUGCCUUUGAUGGCUAUGACUUUGGAGAUGACCCCACCGACAAGUUUUACACGUCUCACAACGGCAUGCAGUUUAGUACAAGAGACCAGGACAAUGACAAGUACCACGGUAACUGCGCCCAGCAGGAUGGUUCUGGAUGGUGGAUGAACCGCUGCCACGCCGCACACCUCAACGGGAGGUAUUACAGGGGUGGCAGGUACACUGUGAAAAACACUGAUGGAUUUGACUUCGACAAUGGCAUCAUCUGGGCAACGUGGCACAGCCGCUGGUACUCGCUGAAAGAAACCACCAUGAAGAUCAUCCCUGUCAACAGGCUGAACAUGGGAGGCAGUCAGCAUGCAGGCACCAAACAGUUUGGGGGCUAGAUAUGUGAUGGACUUGAAUUUUUUUCUUAUAUGUCUCCUGUGUUUUAUAGUGUGUUUGGGAUGAAAGGGAUUUUCCAGUUGACUGAUUAUGUCAUGUCUGUAAUUAUGUCUAAUAAAUGUCUGCAUGAAACUGAAA